UAACCUCUAAAGCUGGCAUCUACUACAAAAAAACGGUUAAACGGUUGGAAGCUGCACAUCAGUUUACAAUGACUGGGGUAACGACCACAAUCAAUAAUAAUAUAACAGACAGAGAGGUGGUUCACCCAUUCAGUAGAAAUGGAGCAAUCACAUUAGCAGUAUUCCUAAUACCAAUGGCAGUUUUCGGAAUAUUUGCAAACCUCGUCACCAUAAUCGUUAUCACAAGAUCGAAGAAACUUUCAGGUUCUGUGUUCAACCGUCUGAUCGUCAGUCUUUGCGUUUCCGAUUUAUUGUCCGCAAUCAUCAGUCCUUUAUCUUUGCAUCGACGAGCAUCAGGAUACGAUGACUGGAUUAUUCCAGAAUUUUUUUGCAAAGUAUUUUGGUCUGUAGACAACUGGACAUCUUUUGUGACCUCUCUGCAUAUCCUAAUAUUUGCUGGCAUUCGGAUGGCAUCAAUAAAAUCUCCAACGUAUUAUCAAAAAAUUAAAAUCAAACACGUUAAGAUUGGAGUGGCGAUUAUAUGGUUUAUUACUUUUGGAUGUGGAUUCAUUCCGAUGUGGCUUUGGUUCGGAGUGAAAGCUGCUGAUCGACCAGUCAAUGGUCACGGUACAAAUUGGCCUGACUGUACACUAUAUUUUGUCAGUAUCGAUGAUUUCAAAUUAUACACUAAAAUAGCGUACACAGUGUUUUACUAUAUUCCGAUGGUGGCAAUUUCUAUACUAUCUCCAGCCAUUGCGAUAUUCAUUAUAAAUAAAAGAAGAGAAAGAGCCGAACGAAGAAAUUCUGAAGGCCCCGCGCCUGAUUCAAAAAGAACUACAAGCGAAUAUGAGAAAAAAAGUCAACGGAAAGAAAACAGUGCCAUUCUUCAGCUUGGAGUAAUUGUGGGAUCUUUCAUGCUCGGGUAUAUACCUAGCUCAGCUUACUAUUUAUACGCGACUGCUGCGCCUCAAUCAACACUGCAAGAACAAAUCUUUCAUUGGAAUUUUGGGUCUGUUUCUUACAUAUUACUCAGAUUAUCGGAAUGUCUCAACCCAAUAUUUUACAAUGCUGCAUCCAGUAAAAUGAGGAAAGAAACAAUAACAUUCCUGAAGACGUUGUUAAAAUGCUGUAUGCCAGGAGGUUGCAGACCAAGAACGACAGCUACAGUUGACGUAACAUCAAGUACAUCCAACAUCAGAACCCAGGAAAUUGAACUUUAAUUAACCCUACGCCACACUGCACGUUGCAUAACAAAUGGGUGCUAACACACGAAUGCACGAACACUAUUAACUGACAAUUGUUUCCAAUUUCUUAUUACAUAGUUAGUAUAAAGUAAAAGAGGAGCUAUACUGCUUCAUAACCUAUUUUGGUUUAAAAACUUCAGAUAGACCAUAAGUUAUGGCAAUUUAACUGAGACACACAAAAGAAUAGAAAUAUUUCAUAAAUCUAUAUUUCGGAACUUGAAAUUUUGAAAGCCAAGUCAAAAGUUUAAGUCAUAACUUUCCUGGUUAAUUUCAUUUCGGAGUUUUA